AUGGAUGCCUCUGAAAAACCGUUUUUAACAAAAUUGCCUGAUGGUCUGCCAGUUGGAGGUAAACCAGGACGAUCAACCGAAAAAGUAAUAGAUUAUAUAUUGUAUUCAUAUGGUCUUGCUAUACAACAAGCCAUAGCAGAAACAAUGGAUCGAGAUAAACAGCAUGAACAUUGUCCUGAUGGACUCAAUAGUUGGUAUGCAUAUAAACGUAGUUUACUUGAUCCAGAAUACAACUCAAUUGAUGAAAAAAAACAAAAAUUAUGUCUUGAUCCCAUAUUUAGUCAAAUUUUAGAUAAAAUGAUAAACGAUCUUACAAAUCCAGAAUUAUUACCUCGCUGUGUCAAAGGAUUGACUCAAAAUAGUAAUGAAUCAAUAAACUCUAUUGUAAGAAAAGAUGAUAAAAGAAUUGAAAAAGUUGAUGCUGCUAUAAUGCAAAACGAAAAACAACGUCAACAAUCAAUUGCUGCGGAAAUAGCUACACAAGAAUAUUAUCCUGAAUUGACAGCAACAGGAUCGUCUGUGCCUGGUACUAAAUCAUUAACUCACGAACGACCAAAUUCCGCUAAUUGUCCAGGCGAACAAGAAGACAAACGAGAUUUUGUUGAACAAUUAAACGAAUUAUUAACAAAACAACAUCGUCGACAAUAUUCAGAAGAAGAUAUUCUUGAAAAAAGUCGACAAAUGCUUGAAGAAAGUAAAGCAAAAAAUGACCAAUUAGCUGAACAAGCAAAAGUAUUUCAACGAACAUUACAACGGAAUGAAAUCUAUUCAGCAUUAAAUCGUUUUUCCUAUCUUCCACCAAUUUAUCCAACGGUUGUUAAAGAAAUUCGAUCAUCUUCAAAUCGAUUUCAACAAAUAAAUAUUGUUACACGAACAGCUUUAUGUAUCAUUGGUGUUCCCGGUCAAUCUAAAACAUUAUCUUUUCAAAUUGUUCUUCAAAAUCUUCAAGGUGCACAGUUAUCAGCAAAAUCAUUUUGUAAACGUCUUCCUGCUAUCGAUCCAUUUUUUUGUCUUGGGUCGAAAUAUAGUCGUUCAGAAAAUAUUGCUUUUAUUUUUGAACGUGCUAUCAAACGUGAACAACAAUAUGAACAAAAUCGAAUGAAUCCAAGUCAAACUACAGUUUUUCGUAUGCCCGAUUUUCCGGAUGAUAUCGAUAAUGAAUUACGAAAUGUUGAAAUCUUAUCAAAUAUUAAAUUAUGUAUGGAAACAGGCAAAACUAUCUUGAUGAUAAAUACAGGUCGUAUUCAUGGUUCACUAUAUGAUGUUUUCAAUCAGAAUUUUUCAAUUAUGGCUAAUGAAGAAAGUAGAAAAAUCUUUUCUAAAGUAGCAAUUGGUCCGAAAACAAUUGAUGUAGUUGUACAUGAGGACUUUCAAUGUAUUGUUCAUAUAAAACGAUGCGAAUUUAAAGAUAUUUCAGCACCAUUUUUAAGUCGUUUUCAAAAAUAUUCGUUAAACAACCCCUUUCUUUUCACAGUCCUAUUGAGAAUCUUGAAGUUUUAUUGUUAA